UUGCAGGUUUAUGUGCCCUUUAUCUGCCGGAGCGCCACAGGUGGAUCCUGCCCCCCUCGCUGCCCCAUGGUUAUUCCCAUUUCAGCCUGUCCCGGCUGCGAGGGAAUGAGGAAACAAAUGCAGAUUGAGGGGAGGGAGGGGGGGCUAGAACUGCAGUUGUAGUGAGUCGGCACAGGCGUCCCUUCUGCUGGCACGGCUUCCAGACGGCACAAGCGAGUGCCAAGCUUCACCAGUUUCACUCAUUCAAACAAGUGUGGCAAUCUGACUUGGGAACAGAGUGUGCCGUCUCACUCCGCCUGCCCGGGACUCGCUGCCCAGCGCUGCUUCAGGCUUUUCAUUCACAUUUCUCCUGCGCUCUCUUCUCCUCUCCCCCCCACUCUCUCUCUCUCUCACACUCUCUGACACUCUCACACUCACAUCUACACAAUACACACACUCUCUCUUGUCUCUGCCCCCCCUCUGUGGUGUAACAUGGGGAUCCCUCUCCCUCCCGCACCCAGGGGAUUGUUGUAGCACUUGUGUAGAGGCUUUGCCGCCUGUGCCGGGGAGAGAAAGCACAAGAGGAGACAAGAUUUCCAUCCCUCGCUCACAGCUGUGCCUGCCGAGAUACAGCAAAGUCACCGGGAGACAAACCCUUAGAGCUGGGAAGGAGGACGAGCAGCGAAGAGCCAGCACCAAGACCCUCAGCUGCUCCCUGGACUCUGUCUCUCCUUUAGUCCCUUUUUUUGGAGGGGUUUCAGUCUCUCCUCUCUGCUCCAUUAUAAAGAAAAAAGGGCAGUUUGAUCCUAAAAAAGGGGGAGCAGGGUCAAGGGGGGGUUCUAGCAGCAUCUCUACGGCCCCUUAACCCUGUCUCCCCAAUUUUUCUUGCCAAUGCCCAUCGAGAUAGUGUGCAAGAUCAAGUUUGCCGAUGAGGAUGGGAAUCAGAAGGAGAAGGAGGAAGGGGAAAGGGAGAGUCUGAUUGGGGACGAGGUACCAGCGGCCGGACGGGACUUGGCCGCCUUCGCCAGCACUAGCACCCUCCAUGGGCUGCGGCACAUCUUUCAAACUGGCAGACUGGGCAUCAAGCAAAGCCUGUGGGCACUGGCGUUCUUGGCGUCGCUGUUGUUUUUUCUAUACCAGGUGGCCAAAUGCGCUUUGUACUACCUGGAGCACCCCCAUGUCACCGCCGUGGAUGAGGAGGUGAUGGGGGAGAUGAUUUUCCCAGCCAUCACCAUCUGCAACAUCAACCGCUUCCGCCACUCGGCUCUGACGGAUCCUGACAUUUAUCACCUGGCUAAUCUGACCGGCCUGCCGCCCAAAGACCGGGAAGGGCACCGGGACUCGGAUUUAAUGUACGAUGAUCCCGACAUGCUGGACAUUGUCAACAGGACUGGGCAUCAGCUGGCAGAGAUGCUGAAGAGCUGCAACUUUAGUGGGGACAGCUGCUCUGCGCAGAACUUCUCUGUGGUAUUUACAAGGUACGGUAAAUGCUACACCUUUAAUGCAGACAAGAAGCACCCGAAGGUGAGCAGACAAGGAGGAAUGGGCAAUGGGCUGGAGAUUAUGCUGGACAUUCAGCAGGAGGAAUAUCUGCCGAUCUGGAGAGAGACCAACGAAACAUCCUUCGAGGCGGGAAUCAGGGUGCAGAUUCACAGCCAGGACGAGCCUCCCUAUAUCCACCAGAUGGGGUUUGGUGUAUCCCCAGGAUUCCAGACGUUCGUUUCGUGCCAGGAGCAGAGGAUGACAUAUUUGCCCCAGCCCUGGGGUAACUGCAGAUCCAGCAUCCCAGGGGAGGAGUUCCUGUCCGGCUAUAGCACAUACAGUAUCUCAGCCUGUCGCCUGCAAUGCGAGAAAGAAGCCGUCAUUAGGAAAUGCGCCUGCCGCAUGGUGCAUAUGCCAGGAAAUGAAACGAUCUGCUCUCCUGUGAUGUACAUGUGCGCCGACCACAUCCUGGACAACAUGGUGGAGGAUACCAGUGAGAAGUGCUCCUGUCCCACCCCGUGCAACCUGACUCGCUACAGCAAGGAGAUCUCUAUGGUUCGAAUUCCCAACAAGGGAUCUGCCCGUUACCUGGCUCGAAAGUACAAUAAAAAUGAGACCUACAUCAGAGAAAACUUCCUUGUUCUGGACAUCUUCUUUGAAGCUCUGAACUACGAAACCAUUGAGCAGAAAAAGGCAUAUGACCUACCCAGCUUACUGGGUGACAUUGGAGGCCAAAUGGGUCUAUUUAUUGGGGCCAGUUUCCUCACCAUACUGGAAAUCUUGGAUUAUAUGUACGAGGUGAUUAGAGAUAAAGUAAAGCGGGUCGCUGGCAGAAAGCAAUCUCCUGCAAAGAAGCCAUCAGAGAAUAUAGCGACACUGGUGAUGGAUGAUAACAAGGAUCAGAGCCCUUGCGAGGUACGAGGAAGACACCCAGAAGGCGCCUACGCCACCACAAUGCUCCCAAACCAUCACCGGCACUAUACGCACCACGGCGUGUUCGAGGACUUUGCCUGCUAGGCGACUAAACGGCGGCGGCGCAUUCACCUGAAGCCAACUGUGUGGGGGGUGUAAAGACACUAUGAGCCUUACCCUGCCUCCGUUUCCUACAAGGGAACACAAAACCCAUUGACCACAAUAUGGUUGGACUCAGCUUCUAAACCGACGCCUAAGGCUAUAAGAACUUGGGGAACCUCUGGAGAGACGUGUCCUUCAUAUCUACAGGAAAACCCCAACCCUCCACUUUUGCUGCCUUUCUUUAAUGCAGGAAGAUUCCCCCCGAGUACCCGUACAGGUCAAGGGGUCUCCUUGGUCGCCCCGCGUGAAUAGAGGACUUGUACCCAACAAUGUCCCCUGUAGGCCACUGUCAGAACGUUUUGGACUUAGACAUUAGAAGUCUCCAGUAUCCCUGUUGGUUAUUGAUAGAAAGAUUGCUAUACAGCAGCACAGACACCUAAACAUCUCUAUGUCUUUAUUAACCGUUUCUAUGGAUUUUUAUAAAUAUAUAUAUAUAUAUAUAUACGUAUAUCUCUAUCGCGCCGCCAGGUAAUGCAGUACAACAGGACAGGCACAAUUUCUCCAAAGAUCUUACUAACGCGUUGUCCGGCACCUUAAGCACAGCAAUCGAAAGCAAUUGAUCUGUUAUCCCUCUGGACCCCAAUAAAAUAAGGUCUUUGUGGAUCCAUAAA